AUGCUUUCUCUUCGUACAUUUGCGCGUUCCGUGCCUCGCACACUCUCGCGGUCCAUCGCUACCGCCUCACGGUCGUCCUUCCUGUCAGUUCCCAAGAAUGGCUUUCUGCAAGCUUCGUUGAAGCAGGCUACAAGACCCUCCUACGCUGCUUUCUCUACCUCUAGUGCUUUCAGACAAUCUCCUGCCGAAGGUAAAGUCCUCUAUAAAUUCAAAUUUUCUCUUUCCGGGCUUCAUUUGUUGAUCGGGCACGAGUUCCGGUGGUUUCACAAAGCUGGUUUUAUUCAGCAAAACAUCAAGCUAACACCCAUUUUCUUUGUACAAGGCGACAUUGAACUUGUUGCGAAGCUGGAGGAUGAAUUGAAACAUGAGAAGGCCUCCGGCCUAGAGGAUCUUGAGACCUCCGUGCAGAACAUCCAGUAUGUCCUCCAGAACAACUCCUGGGAGGUCAAGGAUGUUCCUGGUGAACAGGAAGUUGUUUUGAGCAAGAAGUUUGGCAAUGAGGAGAUCCGACUCACCUUCACCGUCGCCGAUCUCCAGAACCUGAGUGAACAGGAGGAUUUCGAUGACAGCGCUUUCGCCGAUGAGAUGGACUUCCAGGGCCACCAGCCCGUUAACCAAGGUCGCGGUGCGCCCGGUACUGUUGCUCAGCACCCCGAGGAUCGCAUUGCUCCGGCCGACCGCGAAAUUGAUGAUCUAGACCGUGAUAUGGAACCCAGCUUCCCUGCUCGUGUUAACAUCACCAUCGAAAAGCCCGGCAACGGUUCUCUCCUGAUCCAGACCGUUGCUCAGGAUGGUCUGUUCCAGAUCGAGGAGGUGUCAUACUUCUCUAAGCCUGACCUCGCCCACGCACAAACUGCCGAGCAAGAUUGGACCAGACAGAGCCUCUACGCUGGUCCUCCUUUCGAGAACCUUGACGAAGACCUGCAGACCUUCCUCGAACGCUACCUCGAAGAGAGAGGCAUCAAUGCUGAGCUCGCCAACAUGAUCCCCGACUACAUUCAGGUCAAGGAGCAGAAGGAAUACGUCCGCUGGCUCGAGAACGUCAAGAACUUCGUCGCCGCUUAA